GCAGCAGCGUCUCUUUGUUCGGCGUGCAACAUCUCUCCUCCUCUUCUCGCGCUCCGCAGUGACUCUCGCGUUCCUCAUCAUCACUGCUACACUGGUCUGGAUGAUUGCAGUGGCAGCAACAUGGCUGUGAAUCUCAGCAAGAACAGACUGGCCCUCUUAACAGCCUACCAGGACGUUAUCAGCGAGACGUCGGCAACCGACUGGGCCUUAUACACAUAUGAAGAUGACAGUAACGAUUUGAUCCUGUCUGCAUCAGGAGAUGGCGGCCUGGCAGAGAUUGCAGUAACCUUCGAUAACACUCGGAUCAUGUACGGUUUCUGCAGCCUGAAGGAGCCCAGCGCAGCCCUGCCACGCUACAUCCUCAUCAACUGGGUUGGUGAAGAUGUGCCUGAUGCUAGGAAGUGUGCCUGUGCCAGUCAUGUAGCCACCAUAGCCGAAUUUUUCCAGGUGGGUCUUCCCAAGGGUGUUGACGUCAUUGUGAACGCUAGCAGCAUGGACGACAUCGACCCCUCGGCCAUCGGACAGAGGCUGACCAAUGGGACCGCUCCAGUGGCAAGUCCAGUGCUUAGCCGCCUGCGAAUGAGAGACGAGGAGAACGCAGAGCACGUUGGCACCACCUACCAGAAAACAAAUGCAGAGAUUGAGAUGAAGAAAAUCAAUCGAGAGGAGUUCUGGGAACAAGCCAAGCGGGAGGAGGAGUUGAGAAAGGAGGAAGAGAGAAGGAAGGCUUCUGAGGAACGGCAGCGCUUUGAAGCCGAGAGGAUGGAGCUGGAAAAAAAAGAGCAAGAGGAAAGAGAGAAGCGGUACCGUGAGAGGGAGCGGCAAAUCGAGGAACAGAGGAAGAAGAUGCAGGAGGAGGAAGAGGCCAAAGAGAGGUCAAGGAAUCAACCCUUGAUUACAGAGCCCAGCUAUGAAGACCCUUCCCUGGACAAAAAGGAAACAGAGGUCGAGGAAGCAGCAGCCAUCAUUGCCCAAAGGCCCAGUAACCCUCGUGAAUUCUUCAAGCAGAGAGAGAGGGCCACAGCCAACAGCGUGGACAUCUCACCAGUCACCACACACAGGACCGGCCGCUUGGACAGUCCAUUCUUGAGGCAGCAGCACAGUCCAUCCGAUUGCAGCCCGCCCCCUUCUCGCACUCCGCCCCAUUCACGGCGGCAGCCAGGUCCACCUGAUGACUCUACUGAAGGAAUCCUCGAGCGCAGCAUGACCACUGGAUGUACUCCCAUCCCCAAAAUUGCCAUUCAGGAGGAAAAAGAGGACUUUUUUCGAAAGGAGUUUGCCUUUGACACUCCCAAACAAACUCCAGUGCAGGAAUCUGGAUUUGUCAAGACCUCCCCAAGUGUUUCUCCCCAGUCCGCUCCUGCUCCAUUACCCAGCACAGACGACAGCCUGCUAGACUUGUGGGACAGUGGCCCAGCGCCUGCUACAGCCCCCUCCCAGGCCCCCAGCCACAUAAUGGACCUGAUGGAGGACACCCCGGAGCCUCAUCUUGCCAGCUCCUCCCCUGCUCUCCCGCAGCCGCUCUUGAGCUUCGAUGAGGUGCCUGACACCCCCUACUGCACUGGCACAGAAGAUGAUCCCUCCAGCCUGGUGGACGUGGCCGGAACCCACCAGAUGACCCUGAGUUACCAGCAGGCCCUGCAGCACGCUUCUGGCUCUGACAGCCAGGACAUGGAUGAUGGACAGCUGCUGUUGACCAAUGGAGACACGCUGCUUAAAGAAGGGACCCAGGCCAGUGAAGGCUAUUUCAGCCAAUCACAGGAGGAGGAUUUUGCCCAGUCAGAUGACUGCACUGCAAAAGUCAACCCAACACCAGUUUUUUACAAUAAACCACCAGAAAUCGACAUUACGUGCUGGGAUACAGACCCCGUGAUGGAAGAUGAUGAUUAGGAGCGACUGAGGGAAAAAGAGGCGGCACCUCUAUGAAAACUUGUUUUACAACAGUUACAGAAGUCUUGCAUCAAAAUGUUUUAGAUAAAACACCAACAACAAAAACAACAUUAGCCACAGAAGAAAAGGACUCGGGUUAUUGUUAAAGAUGCCAGUGGGUAUGAGCGCUCUCGGUUUGUGUAUGUGUGCGUGAGUGUGUUUAUUAUUUAUUUCAAUCAUUUUUUUUUUCUAUGCAGAGUAUAGCACAGUGUGUCUCUAGCGCUCACCUGUGUUGUAUCGAUCCCUGUGCCUAACAGGUGUGUGUAGUAGCAGAUUAGACCGUUCUGUUUUAGUUCUCCUUUAUCAACACUGAGGUUAGGUCUGCUCAGUGGUUCGAUCAAGUUCCCUACAAAUCUUAGUUGUUUAGUUGAAUCACGUGUUUGAGUGUUAUGCCCACAAUGGCCUUUUGCUUUGAUGACCCUCACCUUCGUCGAAGCAAAGGCACGUCAGAACGCGAUUUUAGCUUCAGUUGAGUCAAAUGUUUAGCAAACGGAAAAUGAAGGGGGUUUAUGUGAUUACGAAACAAUUUUGUGUUGUGCCAAUUAUUUCGAGUAUGACGUGUUGGUGUAACGGCCUUUUAGGACUUUAGCGCCAGGUGGCAUAUGUAUAUUUUGACUACAUAUGAGACAAUGUGUAUAAACAAUGGCUGAAACUGACUUUUGGUUUUUUUUGGAAAAACUGCAAUAGAGCUUCGAUUUGUUGAGAAAUUUAGGCAAUAACAGUCGUAGUGGAAUCCAUUGGAAAAAUCGUUUUAGUUAUAUAUUCGGUAGUGUGCGUAUUUGUAUUAUUACUGCAAAGGCUCAGUACUCAUACUCUACGUAAGUACGCAAAUGGUGACGCGAAUAACAAGUGUGUAAUCCUGUUUAAAGAUCAGUAGUUUAAAAUGAAAGUUUUGUCAUUCUCUUGCAGAACAAUGUAAGUCAGGCAGUGUUUGGAACAACAUGAGGGUGAAUUAAUGGCAGAAUUUUUAUUUUUUGGCAGGACUAACCCUUAACGAAGCCAAAAUAUUUACCUUCGUAUCACCAUUAUUCCAAUAUCUAGACAUAAAACGUGUAGCUUACCAGGAUUCAAACUGUCAUUCAGGCAGGUCUCUUACUGUCAUUUUUGUCUUAAAAAAGCUGGUUUACUCUAAUGCUAGUUAUAGAACAUUGUGUGGCGGUGCUAAGAAUGCACAUUUUAGGAAGCUGCGGCGAGCAAAAUCAAAGCAUUUGUGUUAAUUUACUUGCGUAGAGUAUGGUUUCGACCUUGUUUCUUUUUUUUUUUUUGUGGAUGUGAUUUUGAACCUUUUCAUUUAGUUUUACGCUCUGAGGGAAGGCUCCUUAUAAUCUCAGAUUUCAAGCCACGGUAAAUAUAAAAUUAAUGUGACCCUUAUAAUAUUCCUUUAGGUUGUUGCUAGUUGACCCAGGAAUUAAUGAGUAAUGUGACCUUAGCAAGUCCAGCAAUUUGUAAAGACAUUUUUAUUACCCUAAAAUUGCAACAAAAUUUGGAUUUGUAACUGACUUUUACACACAAAAAAAUGCAGGGACACGUUGCCUUGCUCAAGGGCAGAACGGUGAGAGAUUAUCUCACUUAUUCAACACUGACUCAGUCUGUAAUAUUUGUUGUACCAGCCCACAUCCUUAACUGCUAAGUUAUCACCACCCACUGUCCCGGCCUUGACUGACCACUGUCUUCCUCAUACUUUUAGUCAAGUUGUAAAGCGGCAUCGUAACAUCUUGGUUUUACAAAGGAUUUAUGGAGUGGAAAAGCAAGCAAUAAGACUAAACCAAUAGUAUUGUUUUGUAAAUAGCUCUAAUUUUGUGCUCAUGUAAAAAUGUGCUACAAUCACUAACAUUGAUUCACCGCCCAUGAAAAACAGAGGUUGGCAUACGUUUGGAUUGGGUUUCUUAUGUUUCUUUAGUGAGAGAGGAAAAAGGUCGCUCAGUAUGAUACCUAAUAGGGAGUAACCGCAUCUUUAACAGUAACUUAGCCCCUUUUGAAAUAACUUUCAUGUAUUCCUGUUCACCCUCCUACCUCCUUAGUAGUGAUUAUUACUCUCUUUCUCCCUCAAACUACUAGGAGACUACUACUACUACUACCACUACUAUUAUUACUAUUACUACUACUGUUCUACUACGGUAAUUUCUUCUUUGCCCCUGAAGCAAGGCUUAGCGACUCCUGAAAGUUCUUUUUUUAAUUAUUUUUUUCUAUCUCUUCCUUUUUCCGUCCGCUUCUCACACGCUGUUUUUGAAACAAGCACAAGAUCUUUUGUGACAUGCUAUGUGCUUAUGUAUGUUAAUAAAAGACUUUAAAAUCCUUCAAAAA